UCGGAUCCAUUCUUCCUCAAUCUGGCAAAGACAAUUAUGUCUCUGCCGACGAGGAAGCAAUGAACAUCGUAGGCAUUAUUGAGAAUGUGGCUGCAAAGGUUGGAGAAGUACACGUCCUUGUUAACGCACUAGUAAUAGAUGUUACGUGGACGCAGACACGAGAGCAUCCUGCGUGGAUCGAAAAUUUGGAGCUGCUGAUCAUACAAGCUUGGAAGACCAACGUGGAGGGCGAUCUUCUCGGCUUUCUCUUUGGAUCGGUACGGUCGGGCCGCUGCCAGUUGAUUGUGCAGGAGCUCAUCGCGCCGAUUGUCCAAUUAGCGGACGAUCCCUCGCCCGAUAUCGUCUCGCAAAGUGACGACAGCCCUGCCCCACACGUCCUCGCGCGGUCGUUGGAUCCAUACCUUCAGUGGACUGCGUGCUUGGAGGAGCCCAGGGACGAAGAUACGCUACCAUCACGGCAGGAGUAUCUGAAGCCUUACGACAUCAUCCCUCACACCUUUUAUCCAAAGGCGGAGGAAGUGGUGAUCGACGACGACGAAGAAGACGACGACGAGGAAACGUCGGAGGAGGGAAGCUAUAGCGAGUAUAGCGAGGGGGAGCUGAGUGAAGAAGAAGAAGAGGAGGAAGCAACGCGCACGGGCACAGAGGCGGAAAACCCUGAGGCUACGCGUAGGCGAGAAGAGAUUGCCGCCGGGAAACGCCAGCUAGAAUUCGCCAGCAGAGCAAGUCAGCGCAUCGGUGACGAUUCGACCAGGGAUCCGGAACCGCCAAAGCCCGGAGAUGGCAACCCCGCAGCCGCCGCCUUAAGUACCGCGCGACAGAGACGGAGCAGAUCCCCCUCCUCCUCCAGCCCCACCCGUCCCCCAGUUCGCGCACGUACCGAUGCGGGCGAUAGGCCUUCGUCCUCGGACGUUAUCCCGCCGCCCCCUUGAUUUCCUCACCCUCGAACAGAUCCACACCCCCGU